AUGGCUAUGAUCCCACCCACCCCUCCAAAGUCUGUCCUCGGCAGACACCGUAUUCUUGCACCUACAGCCUCUGUGCGCGUCAGCCCAUUAUGCCUGGGAGGAAUGAGCUUCGGCACAAAUUGGGCCAUGGGUCUCGGCGAAUGCACCAAAGAAAUGACCUACGACCUACUCGACACUUUCUACGACCUUGGUGGAAACUUUGUCGACACAGCCAACGCCUACCAGGGCGGCCAGAGUGAGGAGUGGAUUGGUGACUGGAUGGCGGAACGUGGCCGUAGGAAUGAAAUGGUUAUUGCGACCAAGUACACCAUGACACCCAUGGCUGGCAAGCCUGUGAACCAGAGUAAUUAUGGUGGUACUGGAAGUAAGACUAUGCACAUUUCUAUCGAGGCUAGUCUCAAGGCUUUGAAGACGGAUUACAUUGAUAUCUACUACGUCCAUGCCUGGGACUACGCAACCUCCAUCUCCGAACUCAUGCAAUCCCUCAACACCCUCGUCCUGCAGGGCAAAGUCCUCUACCUCGGCAUCUCCGACGCACCCGCUUGGUUCGUCACCAAAGCCAACGCCUAUGCCCGCCACCACGGCCUGCGCACUUUCAGCGUCUACCAGGGUCGCUACUCCGCUCAACAGCGCGACAUGGAACGCGAAAUUAUCCCCAUGGCCCGCGAAGAAGGAAUGGCCAUUCAGGCCUUUGGUGUCCUCGGCGGUGGCGGUUUCAAAGCUCCUGGCGCCGAGGGUACCGGUGCCCGCCGCAUGCCGCCUGCCAUGUUGAUCGGACGCGAGCAACAAGUCUCCAAAGUGCUACACAACGUCGCUCAGCGCCACAAUGUACCUCUCACCAGCGUCGCGUUGGCGUACGCCAUGCAAAAGACGCCUUACUUUUAUCCCAUCAUCGGCGGACGCAAAACCGAGCAUCUCAAGGCCAACAUCGAGGCUUUGACGCUGAGGCUGACGCCCGAGGACGUUGCUGAAAUUGAAACUGGAUAUGAAUUCGAUGUUGGAUUCCCGCACAAUUUCAUCAAUAUGGCGCGUCAUAUGAUUGAGGGCCCGCAGCAUGUUACUAUUAUGCAUGAUUUGGGUUAUUUUGAUUAUGUGGCGCCGCCUGCUGCUAUCAAGCCGCAUCAGGGAGAGAUUACUGCUCCUUGGCAGGCGCCUCAAUAG